AAAACGAAGGAGAUUGUUACACAACUCGAAAUUGACGGUCCAAACAUCCUCUCCAACCCCAAAACAAAAAUCGGAUCGGACGGUCAUUAUUCGAAGAAUUUAGAGUCUCCAAAAGUCCAAAGACUCAACCUUUGCAACAUCCAUUGAAGAAGAAAGUAAUCUUUCUGAAAUAAAAAGCUCCAAGUUUUUCAUAUGAUUCCUCAAACAAUUGAAGAUUUCAUCAAAUUCCCAAAUUUUUAGGGUUCUAUAAUUUAUUCCGAAAUGUCAGCAAUUGCAGAUAGACCUUUAAUUCAUAUCUCAAAUCAUUGCUAUAAACCAAGUUAUUAUUGCCAUGGAUUAAGCUACUUUUGUUGUCCUUCAUCUUCUAGGGUUUCUUUAUCCAAUUUUAUCCGGAAUUCGUCGACACAUUCUCGAUUAUUCAACAAUUCUUAUCGACAAUUUAGGGUUUCAAUUUCUAGGGAUUUCUGCAAUUCCUCUAAUUUGUGGAAGGGUACUACCAGAAUUCGAGCUAAUAGUUCUUGUGAGCAAGAUACUGAUUCUACUACACCCAAUUCAUCUUCUUCUUCUUCGUCGGAGAAAAACGACGCGAAACAGGGGAGCAAAGGGGCGUCGAAUUCGAGCUCCUCGUCGCAACCGUCGUCGUCUUCUUCUUCUUCGCCGAGGAGAGAGAAAGAGGGUAAGAGUUGGUUUAAAGGUUCUGGGGGGAAAUGGCGGUGGCAGCCAUUGAUUCAAGCUCAAGAAAUUGGGGUUUUGCUUUUGCAAUUAGGGAUUGUGAUGUUUGUUAUGAGGCUUCUUAGGCCUGGGAUUCCGUUACCGGGUUCCGAACCGAGGCCUCCGACGACAUUUGUAAGUGUACCUUAUAGUGAGUUCUUGAGUAAGAUUAAUGGUAAUCAGGUUCAAAAGGUUGAGGUUGAUGGAGUUCAUAUAAUGUUUAAGUUGAAGAAUGAAGGUGGAAGUGGUGUUAUGGAGGGUGAAAUGAGGGGCAGUGUGAGUAAUUUGCAGGAUUCGGAGUCGUUGUUAAGGAGCGUGGCGCCAACGAAGAGGAUUGUAUAUACUACAACUAGGCCUGUUGAUAUAAAGACCCCUUAUGAGAAAAUGCUUGAGAAUCAUGUUGAAUUUGGCUCACCGGAUAAGCGAUCAGGCGGGUUUUUAAAUUCAGCAUUGAUAACCUUGUUCUAUGUUGCUGUUCUAGCUGGACUCCUCCAGCGGUUCCCAGUUAACUUUUCACAGAAUGCACCGGGGCAGCUUAGAAAUCGUAAAUCUGGGAGCUCUGGUGGUACAAAAGUAACCGAGCAAGGAGAAACUGUCACUUUUGCAGAUGUGGCAGGUGUUGAUGAGGCUAAGGAGGAAUUAGAAGAAAUUGUGGAAUUUCUAAGGAACCCAGAUAGGUAUGUACGGCUUGGAGCACGUCCUCCUCGUGGUGUUUUACUGGUUGGUCUUCCAGGGACUGGCAAGACUCUUUUGGCAAAGGCUGUUGCCGGGGAAGCAGAAGUUCCAUUCAUUAGUUGUUCUGCUAGUGAGUUUGUUGAACUCUAUGUUGGCAUGGGAGCAUCACGGGUGCGAGAUCUUUUUGCUCGAGCAAAGAAAGAAGCGCCAUCAAUCAUAUUUAUUGAUGAGAUAGAUGCAGUUGCAAAAAGUCGGGAUGGAAAAUUUCGCAUUGUGAGCAAUGAUGAGCGAGAGCAGACAUUAAAUCAGCUGCUAACUGAGAUGGAUGGAUUUGAUAGCAAUUCGGCUGUAAUUGUCCUUGGAGCAACCAACCGUGCUGAUGUCUUAGAUCCUGCUCUCCGUAGGCCUGGUAGAUUUGAUAGAGUGGUUAUGGUGGAAACACCAGAUAAGAUUGGAAGGGAAUCUAUAUUAAAAGUGCAUGUGUCAAAGAAAGAACUUCCUCUUGGAGAUGAUGUUGAUCUUAGUGAUAUUGCUCGUAUGACUACAGGUUUUACAGGGGCAGACCUUGCUAAUUUGGUAAAUGAAGCUGCCCUGUUGGCUGGUAGACUGAAUAAAGCUAUUGUGGAGAAAAUAGAUUUUAUUCAAGCAGUGGAGAGAUCAAUUGCAGGGAUAGAGAAGAAAACCGCCAAAUUACAGGGAAAUGAGAAGGCUGUUGUUGCUCGUCAUGAAGCUGGUCAUGCAGUUGUAGGGACUGCCGUUGCAAAUCUUCUUUCAGGACAACCUCGAGUUGAGAAAUUGAGUAUAUUGCCAAGGUCUGGAGGUGCAUUGGGCUUUACUUACACCCCUCCCACAAAUGAAGACAGAUACCUUCUUUUUGUGGAUGAGCUACGUGGGCGACUUGUUACACUUCUUGGAGGGCGCGCUGCAGAGGAAGUUACUUACGCAGGACGUGUUUCAACAGGAGCACUUGAUGACAUAAGGAGAGCAACUGAUAUGGCAUACAAAGCAAUAGCAGAGUAUGGCCUUAGCCAAACCAUUGGCCCAGUAUCUUUAGCAACACUCUCUGCUGGUGGGAUUGAUGAAUCGGGGGCUGCUCCUUGGGGAAGGGAUCAGGGACAUCUUGUUGAUCUUGUUCAAGGAGAGGUUAAAGCACUCCUGCAGUCAGCACUUGAGGUGGCAUUAUGUGUCGUACGUGCUAAUCCUAACGUUUUGGAAGGUCUGGGUGCUCAUUUAGAAGAGACAGAGAAGGUGGAAGGUGAGGAGCUACAGAAAUGGUUAAAACUGGUGGUUGCACCAGCCGAACUCUCAGUCUUUGUUCAAGGCAAGCAAGAGGCUUUUCUCCAACUACAACGAGUUCCAGAAUGAAAAGCUAUAUAGCGUACUAUUUGGCAGCCGACAUUCUAGGAGAAUAUUGGACGGCAAGAGUUCCUUUAAAUAGAUUUUAAUCAGACACUUCAUGUGCCAUUUUUCUCGUGUCCUUUCCCUGAUUGCAGGGAACUUCAUAUUUCAGCUUAAUCAUCUUUAAACCUGACAGCUACUUACCACUGUUGACAAUCAGAGGUCAAAAAUGGAGGAUUUGAAGCACCGACGAUAGAAUAGAUAAUCAAAGGGAUGAAAAUGGAAGGUUUAAAAUCUACUGUCACAGUGCUGCUAUCUUAAUCACAAGAAAUACCAGCUUUGUAUAAUAUCUAAAUUCUUCUGUACAUGUAAUCAUUAUUUCAGGAAAUAUAUAGUGAUUGUAACUUCUGCUUAUUUGUAUAUACCGGCCCCAUCCAUGCAUAUAUCAAUCAUAAAUCAGUUUUACAUCUUUUGCUUCU